AUGCCUAUCAACGUUCCUUGGACUCGCCUCAUCCGCUUCGAAUCCGAGGAGGAUGCCAACAUUCACUACGGCGAGCCGAUAAUUUCUACUAGCCAAUCUAACCUUGGACAAUGGCGAAAAUUACAACCACUAAAAGCUAAGAAGAUUACUGGAAAUCCUCUUGAUUCAUCCUGUAUCAUCACCGAUAUAGUACUGACAGUUCGGCGACUGCUUGCGCCACUUGCAAGACAAGACAUAUCUGCUAUUCGAUGCAUCGGCGGAAACUAUCGCACUCAUUUGGAUGAGCUUAAUAUUCCGCCUCCAGCGUUUCCAUGCAUGUUUCCCAAGUUUCCAAACUCAAUAGUUGGUCCUGGAGAAAACAUUGAGAUUCCAAAAAUUGCACAAGAUGAUCAGGCAGAUUAUGAGGGUGAACUUGUCAUUGUGAUAGGUAAGGAAGCAAAGAACGUUUUGGUGGAAGAUGCAUACGAUUACAUUGCUGGCUAUACAGUGGGCAACGACAUGUCUGCUCGAAAAUGGCAAGGCAAUUUUACGAGUAACUGCAUCCCGCCUCCUCAAGCCGGAUUUUCGAAAGCAUUUGACUCGUUUUGCCCAAUAGGCCCAUGUAUCACGGCAGCACACCUCGUGCCUGAUCCUCAAGCUCUCAGUCUUCGUACAUGGGUAAACGGAGAACUGCGACAGGAUUCCAACACCUCUUACAUGCUAUUCAAUGUCGCUCAGAUUAUUCAGUUUCUUAGCCAGGGCACAACACUUUAUGCGGGAGAUGUGAUUCUCACCGGAACACCGAGCGGUCCAGGCUUCACAAUGCGACCACCAAAGUGGCUUCAGCACGGAGACAAGAUUGAGAUCAGAAUUGGGAAUCUCGGCACACUUGUAAACUCGGUAACAUAUGCUUAA